AUGGAUAUCGUAAGGGAGUCCUUUAAACGACGUGAUGUUGUGUUGUGUCAUCUUGGCUGGGGAGAGGGUCGUCUAGGCAGCUGCUCUGUCAGUCAGAUUCAGAUCGAAGGCUUGGGCUUCAGUUUUGGUUCAUAA